UGCGUGCGUUCUCCUCCUCCACUCCGCUCCGCUGCCGCCGCAGCAGCUUGGAAUUCCAUCCGUGCCCACAUCCAUUCCCCCAAUCCCCCGUGCGUAUAAUACACACACUCUGCCUCCCUGUGUGCCUACUCCCCCCCGCCCCUCAGAUCGCUAGCCGACUACCGAAGCACUUCGCCAUGGCUGCCGCGGCGCUCAAGGGCCAGCUCAACACCCUCCUCUCCUCCAUGUUCUCCGAGGGUUUGGUGGACGAACAGUUCCAGCAACUGCGUAUGCUCCAGGAGGACGGCGCGCCGGGGUUCGUCGCUGAGGUUGUGACCCUGUUCUGCGACGACGCCGACCGGAUCAUUGCCGAGAUCGCCAACCUGCUGGAGCAGCCUGUUGUGGAUUUCGAUAAGGUGGACGGCUCCGUGCAUCAGCUCAAAGGGAGCAGCGCUAGUGUUGGUGCUCAGAAAGUGAAGCUCUCGUGCAUGCAGUUCCGUCAGUUCUAUGAGGCCAAAAGCAAAGAUGGGUGCCUUAUGGCAUUGAGCGUCGUGAGAAAUGCAUUCUAUGAAAUGCGCAGCAACUUCCAGACUAUGCUUCAGCUGGAGCAGCAAAUCCAGGCAUAUGAUCCUUAAUAGCAAUAAUUGAAGCAAAAGAACAUAGCUCCAUGUGGUCUCACAUGAUGGGUGUAUCUUUGAAGAUGUAGACCAUGUUCAAUGUGUUUCUGGCUUGGACGGCGUGCAGAAUCAAAUGGCUGAUUUGAGUAUUCUCGCUUCUGAACCUUGAGCUCAACCCCGUAAAUUUUAGUGGAGAAACCGAUUGUCUAGUGUCGUUGUCUCUGUUACUCUACCCGUUGUUGUUUGAUGAUCUGCCGCCUGCCAUCAUUUGUAAACUCUUGUUAGUUGUCUGUUAACCCUCUGUGUAUGUGUUCGUCUUCUUUUCUUCUGAAAUGUAGGUGGAUCGGUUUAAGCAAAGGGAAAAUGCUUCAUUCUCUGAAAUUGCACCUCAGUAUCUGAAUUGGGUUUGUGAACUCUUGCUGCUGACUGGUAUAUCCUGAGGGCAGCAAAUCACCAUGUUUGAA